AUGGCCUCGGCCUCCAUAGAAAAAUUCCCUGGUGCUAUUGAAAUAUCUUGUGUCACACCUACAACGCAGUACGUCCCCAUAAGCACUAAGAAAAAGGCCAACGAAGACCGACUACCGGAAAGUAAUGUGCCUAAUAUGCAGUCCAAUCCAGAAGUUAGCGUACCUACUUAUGAAAAUUUGACCUUGCAACCGCGAACCCAGCAGACAAAUAAGAAUCGUUACGACCGCCCCCCAAAGAAUUCCACUCCUUGUCAAUUUCUUCUGCGUCGAGGUUGGUGUCGAAAGGGAGACCGAUGCGACUUUCAGCAUCUUAAACCAUCUCGCAAUACACAUAAACAUAAUGUCCCCUGUCCUUUUUUGCAGAACAGAGGCUUCUGUCUGAAAGACGAUCGAUGUGAUUUCUCCCACGCUUGGGUACCAACCAGAAGGUCGGUAUUAAAAACCACUACUAGUAGCCAUUUGCCACCUGCCUCCUCUUUUUUAUCCCGAGCGCAAGUGCCAUUGCCACCAAACGUCCACACAGCCCAACCUCAGCAGCUCCAAACGUACAGCCUACACCCAUGGCGACCCCCAUCUUAUCCAAGGCCGUUAAUGGAAAUCCCACUACCCUCGUCCAGUUUUCCCCGAUUAUCCUCCCAGAUCCACCAAAACAGAUUUUACUAA